CAGUGUGGAAGGCAGUGGGGUUUGAGGAGCUCAGUGGUUAGAUAAAGAAAGCGCUGGGCUGCAGUGUGGAAGGCAGUGGGGUUUGAGGAGCUCAGUGGUUAGAUAAAGAAAGCGCUGGGCUGCAGUGUGGAAGGCAGUGGGGUUUGAGGAGCUCAGUGGUUAGAUAAAGAAAGCGCUGGGCUGCAGUGUGGAAGGCAGUGGGGUUUGAGGAGCUCAGUGGUUAGAUAAAGAAAGCGCUGGGCUGCAGUGUGGAAGGCAGUGGGGUUUGAGGAGCUCAGUGGUUAGAUAAAGAAAGCGCUGGGCUGCAGUGUGGAAGGCAGUGGGGUUUGAGGAGCUCAGUGGUUAGAUAAAGAAAGCGCUGGGCUGCAGUGUGGAAGGCAGUGGGGUUUGAGGAGCUCAGUGGUUAGAUAAAGAAAGCGCUGGGCUGCAGUGUGGAAGGCAGUGGGGUUUGAGGAGCUCAGUGGUUAAUUAAAGAAAGCGCUGGGCUGCAGUGUGGAAGGCAGUGGGGUUUGAGGAGCUCAGUGGUUAGGUAAAGAAAGUUAAGGCGUGGGUUUUGAAACGCGUUUAUAUUCUUGACGAUACGGUACAAAUGCUUCGUUGAACCGGACCCAGUUAUAUUUGGAGGUCGCCAUUAGUACUUUUGCAAAAAAAUCAGAUACUGUGACCCAGAGACAGGGUGGAAAAACACUUUGAAUUUUUACAAGAAUAAAAACGCGAAAUUAAAACCCGGUUUUAUCACAUUGUCUCUCCUCUCCGAUGGGCGGCUGGUCUCGCUCAGCAGUGCUGCAGCUCUAUAGAGCCCUGCUCAGAGCGGGGCGCCCCCUACAGCACACCGACCGCGACUACUACCGCGCGGCGCUGAGCCGGGAGUUCCGCCGUUGCCAGGGGCUGCGGGAGGAGGGGGCGAGGGAGCUCGCGCUGAAGAGGGGGCUCUUCUUCCUGCACAGCGGCCUGGGCGGGCUGGUCUAGAGUCAGGAACCAUAGAACGGUUCUAGAACCCCAAGCAAGGAUCUUUCUUGUGGAAAUACAGGUCGGGGAAUGUUCUGGAGGAAAACUGUUCAAGAAAUUUUAGAAGAAUCGAGAACCUUUGCACAGAGGAGGCGAUAAGCUGAUCUAGAACUGUACUGUAGAACUCUAGAAGCAAACACAGCUGAAGCAUAAUGACUGAGAUGUAUUUUCUUUUUAAUAAAUAGCGGAAAACAAACGCAUAGCAAAUCUAGACACACACACUGAGAAACGUUCUGGAACUGUGAACUGACCUAGAACGCUUCUAGAGCUACCAGAUUAAUCUAGAACUCCUCAAUGAAGCAGAUCUUCUCGGAACGCUGCAGAAUGCUCCAGUGAAGACUUUUUUUAAAAUCGCCGUUGAGGUCGAAU